UGCAGUCUAGUCUUCCAACGUUAUUACGAGCUUAUUCAACAUCAACAGAAAAAGUGCUACAAGGAUGACUGCCAGGCGCAGGCGAAUGACAACAAGAUCGUUGAGGAGUCACUCACGGACGAGGAGAAGGCCCAGCUCAUCCAACAGACCGCUCUCGCCAGUAUAAGCGAUGCCAAACCAGCCGAUCUGGCGAAACUUCUCGGUGCGAGUAAAUCGAGUACUGAAGCGCUUCUGAAGCUGUGUGAAUCGGCAAACACCUCUCCGUCGUCUACGUUUCACAAGCGAUGCCCGUUUUGUGGGCUGUUGUUCCGUAGCCGUCAAUCACUCCAGGAGCAUAUCCCAGCGCGACAUCCCCAGCAACACUCGGUGACCCCGGUCGAUGUCGAUCUACUGCCAAAUGCUGAAGACGUAAGCGUCGCCACGUCAUCUACGAGCGACCUUCGACAGAAUAUCUCCGUUCCUGUUCAGGUUCCUGUCCUCAUUCCCCCCACCAACACCACCGAAAACAAAGAUCUCGCCGGUGCGCUUGAUCUGAGCAGUGCCUCUCAGGAACGCGACACCUUGUCGAUGUCACCGUUUCUGGGCCAAUCAGACGACGACCCGACAGAGUUCAUCGAGGAGAAUCCUGCUUCAUAUGCCGGUAGCUCGUCACAAUCUCGGUCACCGACUAGCAACAAGCGAUAUCGUACUCACCUCACUCCCACUCAAGUUCAUGUGAUGAAGAGCGUGUUCGGUGACUACAAAACUCCAUCGAUGACGGAAUGUGAGGCCCUGGGACGGGAAAUCGGGUUGCACAAGCGAGUGGUGCAGGUGUGGUUCCAAAACGCUCGAGCCAAGGAACGCAAGACACGGUCAGCCACCGGUGAGGAAGAGGUGAAUCGAUCGACGUCCACGUCCUGUACAAUGUGUGGUGUGGAAUAUGGCGGACGGAUAACGCUACAGGACCAUUUGUUCUCUCUGCAACAUCUGAACGGCCUCAAAGCGCAGCUCAGGGUUGACGCUGCUCCAGUGGAAACCCCGUCGGCCGCGUUCCCUAGUGAGAACGGUGGCGAACGGCGACCACAACCAGCAAGGCCAACCAAAACCACCGUGCCGUCACAAUUGAGCAGUCUUAAUCUAAACGGGUUCCCAUUCAGUUUCAUGAACGGGAUGAUGCCAGGAGCGCUUCCUCUGGUCUACGAUCCGGCUAUGUUCGGCACACCGGUGUCUAUGCUUCAGAUUCCUGACUCUGUAAAAAUGCGAAUUCAAAUCGGACAUCACUGCCGGUCUUUCCUCCACAAGAUUCACUCAAGAGAGUCAUCUGAAGUUGAUGAUUGCGAAAGAAACUGGACGCUGAAGAUGCUCGAACACUUUGCCACAAGGAAGUCGAGGUCGGGUGGGCAUCAGGAGGCUCUUUUGAAGAAUCACCAACGAACUGUCUGUCAAGGAACGGACGCGGUCUUCACACUGGUACAAAUUCAUUACGAGUGUACCGUAUGCUUGAGCAAAAUGGGUACGCAGGCUGAUUAUCGAUCGCAUUGUGAGAGCGCUGAACAUCGUGCGAACGUGCAGACCACCUCCAACACCAGUAGUACGUCUGCUCAA